AUGGACAUGGCGGUGUUGAAUCUCCAGAGCUUACAUGAUAAGCUCAGGACACAAGUUGACCUUCUCAAUGAGAACAUUGAACCCAACUUCAUUCAGAUGGCGCAAAACUUUGAUAACUGCCGUCGCAAGUGGCUGUGGACCGAGCAGGAACUGGGUUCUUGCAAAGAGACGCUCAGAAAAGCCGAGAUGGAGAAGGGGUCCUUGGAAGUCAAACUGAAACAUGCCCGUAACCAAGUGGACGUGGAGAUCCGUCGCAGGCAGAAGGCCGAGGCCGAUUGUGAGACGCUGGACCGUCAAAUUCAGCUGAUCCGGGACCUCUUAACAAGUGAGGGAUCCUCUAACAGCAUUCAGCUGAGUGCAGAGCAGCGCUCUGCUCUGGCUUUCCUGAACACAAAUAGUCAAGCGGCGGCCAACCUGAACACCAGCCGAAGACUGGUGACAAUAGAUGAGUCCGCGUCCAUCUUGUCAGACAUCAGCUACGACAAAACGGACGACUCUCUGGACUGGGACUCAUCCACUGUGAGGACAGCGCGACUCCAGAAACGAGAAAAAAGGCGCUCCUCCAGAAAUCAUGUUGAUGGUCCUCCAGUUGCCUCGAAGAGGUCUCGAUCGACCGGCAGAACAUCAGAAAGGCACGGGAAUGAGACCCUCGUGACAAAGACAACGGUGACUGUCCCUGCAAACGGUGGACCCGUCGAGGCCAUUUCCACCAUUGAGACGGUUCCUUACUGGACCCGCAGCAGGAGAAGGACCGCUGCCAUGGAGUGGGACUCCGAAUCUGUCAGGUCUGAGGAUGUUUUCAAGCCACCUGGAAACCCCGAGGGAGAGAUGAGAGCCGAGCCCAGCACCCCGCAGAGCCACGGAGGUGUCCGUCUUCACGAGUUUGUCUCCAAAACGGUCAUCAAGCCGGAAUCCUGCGUCCCGUGUGGAAAGAGAAUCAAGUUUGGGAAGAUUUCUCUGAAGUGCCGCGACUGCCGAGUGGUCUCCCACCCUGAGUGCCGCGACCGAUGCCCUCUGCCCUGCAUCCCCAACAUGGGGGGCACGCCAGUUAAAAUUGGCGAGGGUGUGCUCGCAGACUACGUCCCGGACACCUCCCCGAUGAUUCCGCCCCUGGUGGUCCACUGCGUCAGCGAGAUUGAACAGAGGGGCCUGCACGAGGCUGGUCUGUACCGUCUGUCCGGUGCCGACCGCACGGUGAAGGAGCUGAAAGAGAAGUUCCUCCGCAGCAAGACCGUGCCCGUGCUCAGCAAGGUGGAUGACAUCCACGCCAUCACCGGCCUCCUCAAAGACUUCCUGAGGAACCUGAAGGAGCCUCUCCUCACUUUCCGCCUCAACCGCCCCUUCAUGCAGGCGGCCGAGGUUUCAGAUGACGACAACAGCAAAGCUCUGAUGUACCAAACCAUUAGCGACCUGCCGCAGCCCAACAGAGACACGCUGGCUUUCUUAGUCCUUCACCUGCAGAGGGUUGCAGACAGUUUGGACACCAAGAUGGACAUCAGCAAUCUGGCCCGGGUCUUUGGUCCGACUAUCGUCGGUCACAGCAUUCCCAACCCAGAGCCGAUGACCAUCCUCCAGGACACCAAACGGCAGCCAAAGGUUGUGGAGCGUCUGCUGGCUCUGCCGGUGGAUUACUGGGGCCAGUUUGUGAUGGCGGAGAUCGAGACGCCCAACUUGGACCAUUUGGUCAUCGAGAACGCAAAUUGCUACGCCACCCCCGAGAGAAUGAGCAUGCUCGGACCUCUGACCACUCCAGAGCACCAGUUCAACAAAACCCCCUCCUCCAGCUCCUUAUCCCAGAGGAUGAAGUCCUCCCUGACCCCCAGGUUCGGGAGCAAGAGCAAGUCGGCUGUUGGAUUUGGCCGCCAAGGGAAGUUCUUUGCCUCCCCCCUACUCAAAUAA